AUGCCGGAUUUACAAAAAUUAUCACUUCGCAGUACACCGGUUACAAUUCAGUUAGCCGAACUUAUACAGAUGGCCAAAGCUGUACCAUUAUUAGAAGAAUUAGACUUAAGUCGAGUAGAUGAUAAACCAUUUUUUGGUCGAGAUGCUGUUAUGGCAUUACCGUAUUUUCAUAACCUUAAAUCACUUAAAUUAGAUGGCUUUUUUGUACGACGUAAUGCUGGUCGAGGUUGUGCGCAUCGUCUAGAAAUUCCUCCAAUUCAUCAACUUUAUGGAUUGGAACGAUUCGAAAUUUUAGAAGGUUUUGGAGUAAAUGCUAGGAAUGAUACAAUUUUUGGAAUAUUAUUUUCGUUACGUGAAAAUGCAACAGUUUUGCAUAAUUUACAGUGGAUUAAAGAUAGUCUUUCAGUUCCGAGUGCGACAGUGCCACCAAUUGUUUCCGGAGCUUCUGAUUUGGUUUCUAUUCCAUCACAAAAAUCUUCGAUCGGUUCAUUUGCAUAA